UCAUUGGGAGUGCUCGUACGCGCUGCUUCGUCUUUGGUUCCAUCACUCUCUUUGAUGUUUUUCUUCUCGGCCGAUCAGUUUCUCGGACUUUCUAGGCGAUUUCCCUUCCCCCCAGACGUUCCCCUGACACUUUCUUUACCGCCUUUUAGUCCCUCAGAUCUCCGAAGGCGAAGAUUCACUUGCCACAUCGAUCUCCACCCAUCACCACUGUUUUGGCAGUGCUGGAUUUAUAAAGAAAGAAGGCCCUUGGCAGUGUUUGAAAGGGGGGAAAAGAUGACAGCUGCAACACUAAAGGCCUCUAGUUCUACAGAAUUGAUGAAAUCAGAGGGAAAUGAUACUGUAGACACCAUCAUCAAACAAACAAUUGGAAAAGACCCUCUUUUGUCUUUCUCGAGGGCCAUGGACAGCCCGGCACAAUGGAUCCAAUUACUUCAUGCUUUGGAUCAGCAAGAAUUGCAAGGUUGGCCCUUUCCCUCUCUGAAGGUGCAGAUGCAGAAUUGUGACAAGUGUUCUCGAGAAUUCUGUUCGCCCAUCAACUACAAAAGGCAUAUAUGUGUGCACCACCGGUUGAAAAAGCUUGCUAAGGGUUCUACUAAAGAUAGGUACCUGCUGGGAGUGUUUUGGGAUAAGCUAUAUUUGGAAGAGGCAAAGGAAGUUUUGUCAUUCAAGAACGUGAUAUUUGAGGGAGUUCCAGGGUCUUCAAUUGUAAAGUCAUUGACAACACUUGUUAGGAGACCAGGGGUUGCAACUUUGCCACAAGUUUAUUUGAGGGCUGGUUCUGCCCUUUUGGAUGUUAUCCAUGCUCGACCUUCUAGAUUCCCUCUGUCAUCCUCGGAGUUAUUUUGUAUCCUUGAUGAUGCGAGUGAGAAAACAUUUCUGUGUGGGACAGCCGACUUGAUGCAAAAGUAUGUUUUUCAUGGGGAAGCUGGGAAGAGUGGCCUUGAAACAAAAAACUUAGUUGCUUGCACCAGCUUCUUGCUGGAACAGAAAUUGGUCAAAGCAUGGCUUGCAGAUAAGGAUGCAGAAGCUUUAAGGUGCCAGAAGUUACUGGUGGAGGAAGAAGAAGCUGCUCAGAAAAGGAAAGCUAAGCUGUUGGAAAGGAAAAGGAAGAAGAAAUUGAGGCAAAAAGAACACAAAGCAAAGGAGCUUAAACAUGUGGAAGCAGAUGUUAACGAAUGCAUCAGUAAUACUCUGGAGGCACCUAAAAUGCCAGCUGAAACAUCCAGCCCUUCAGCCACAUGUGAUUCUGGUAUGCCCGUCCCAGAAAUGCUGCCAGAUCAAGUUCACUUAUCUUCUGAACCAUUUGAACUCUCAAACUCAGAUGAAGAAGCAGGUCCUGAUUCUCGAUCUGGGUAUGGCUGUGACUGUACUAGUCAGAAUGUUGAACGGCAGACAAUGCCGGGAAGUGGUCGCCGGCAUGGAGUUGUUGUCCGAUGUCAAUUGCCCCCAAAAUCGCAGAGGGGAGUGCCAAGUGGCUUCCAUUCAGGUCAGAAUUCUCAAGCAUCAAAGCUUGGUGCCAUGCAAAAGCUUGGGAUCCACCGGGAUUUGAGGACUUCUCCAGUAGCCAACACCAAUAAAGUAUGGAGUCGAAAACCUAAGCCUGAAAGUGGUGGGGAGGUUUUGAAAGCCAGAGUACAGGAAGAGGAGAUAAAUCGACAAGAGCAAAGUAAGACUAAUGAGGUUUUGAUUGGCUCUAUAUGUGUUACACUUGGAAAUUGUAGCCAAGAGGGUAAUAAUCUGGCUAGAGCUGGUGAAGAUAACCUGUCAGAGCAUCAAAUACCAAAGAAGGCUGACAUUCAGGAGAAGUCCGCUAAAACUGAUUCUCUUCAGAGUGGCACAAAUCGAUCAACAAUUAAGCUCUGGAGGCCAGUGAGCCAGUGUGGAAGAAAAGGUCCUAUGUCUGUUCAGAAUGGCAAUAUUGAAUCUGAAGCGGAUGCAAAUGCUGAAAAGGACAAUGAUCAAAACCCGGAGGAAGUUUGUUUAAGAUGCUAUGCUACUGUGGAUGAUGGUAAUGGUGGCGGUAAGUACAGUAAUAAAUUCUUGGAGGGAAGUGUCUAUCCUGGAAGCGCUAUACAUGCUGCAAAAGUUUUUCUUGCACAGAAAUGGAAGAAAGCUAUAGCAGCCCACCAUGUGAAAUUGGUUCUUUCCCCGUGUUCUGAACCUCCAGGAUACCCUGAGACAGGAUGUGGGGUAGCGAUUCAGUCAUCAAAUUUCCACAAAAUGCAGCAUUCCUGGCAUUGCAAACAACUGGUUGGUUAAUGCAGGUGCAGGUGGUUUUGAGUCUUCACCAGCCAGGAGUGUUAGACAUAACUACAGGACUAAGUCUGAGAAGGUUAUGAACAGAAAGUACAUUCCCAAAAAAAGCAAUGCAACCUAGUAAGGUGGGAAAAGAGAGGAGAUUUGUUUCUUCUUUUACAAAUGUGCACAGUUCAACUCACUGUCGUGUCGUAAGCAGAGGUUCCAGUUUAACAGAUGGUCUUCUGUCGGAAAAUUGAAAAGAAGUUUUGCUGCAAAAUCUUUGUACAAUUCCGUCCUUUUUCUGCAGAUUUAUAAGUGAGGUAUUUUUUUGUUUUUGGCUUAAUAGUCUAUUUUUUUGUAAUAAAUUUGGUGUUUAAUUAAUUCAAAGGUCAACCUUUUUUGUCUA